CGCUAACUUCUCUCUCGCCAGCCUCUCUGAUCUGCUCUAUAUUUCUUCUCUGUGGUGUGUAUGUGAGAGCGGAGCUCCACUCCCAUCCCAGCCGAGCUGGAUUUCGGACCAUUUCUUGCGACUCUGGCUGAUUUGUGGUGGAUCUGGCUGGUUUCUUGGUUGCUGGGUUUGUUUUUGAGUUGAUACGGUGCUGAGAUUUGUGGGUGCAUUUCUGGGUGGAAGUCAGUAUGAACUGAAAAAACAAGAAUCGAGAAUUUCCAUGAGAUGACACCAGAAAAUGGCACAAUAAUGAUUCAAUUUGGUCAUCAAAUGCCUGAUUACGACUCAUCAGCUACCCAAUCAACCAGCGAGAGUCAUCAAGAAGUGUCUGGAAUGAGUGAAGGAAGCCUUAACGAGCAUAAUGAUCGAUCAGGUAAUCUCGAUGGUUACACAAAGAUUGAUGAAAAUAAGAUGAUGUCAGCUUUAUCUCUGGGCAAUCCAGAAACUGCUUAUGCACAUCCAAAGCCUGACCGUAGUCAGUCCUUUGCCAUAUCAUACCCGUAUGCUGAUUCAUUCUAUGGUGGUGCGGUGCCAACUUACGGCUCGCAUGCUAUUCAGAUGCACCCUCAGAUUGUUGGCAUGAUGUCAUCCUCUCGAGUGCCAUUACCAAAUGAACCAGCUGCUGAAGAGCCCAUCUAUGUAAACGCAAAGCAAUACCAUGCAAUUCUCCGAAGGAGACAGCUCCGUGCAAAGCUAGAGGCUGAAAACAAGUUGGUGAAAAGUCGCAAGCCAUACCUUCACGAGUCUCGGCAUCUGCAUGCCAUGAAGAGAGCUCGGGGAACAGGCGGGCGGUUUCUCAACACGAAGCAGCAGUCAGAGGCUCCUGACAGCGGCACCUCAGAUGCGCAACGCAUGCUCGCAAAUGGUGACCUGUUUACGAAGUACGAGCACAGCUUACCACCCAGUGAUCUCCAUUAUCGCGCGAGAGGGAGCGCUUAAGGAGUCCCAUGGCAACUCAUCCUUGGCUUAAAUCAUGUGUGGCGCUGGGUUAUUUGACUCGACUUAGAACUUUGGGGAGGUGUGCAACUGUAUUUAGGGUGUUCAUUCCUGCAAUGCGUCUUGGGACCGGAGAUGACGCAGCUGUUGCCAGUUCUCUGAUCAAGCUAGACUUGUGGCAAGCACGAAACUGGCACCUGUUUCCUGAAACUUUUUUUUUCUAAGAUGAUAACUACUCCAAUAAACGUUCUGUA